AUGUGUCCAGAAACGGAGUGCGGAAUCUGCUACCGAUCUUACAACCUCGGUCGUCGGUGUCCUCGCCAGUUGUGCUGCAAACACACGUUUUGUGAGAGCUGCCUGGUGACGCUCGCGGGGUCCGUGGAGAGCCCUGAACCCCGCGUAAUGUGUCCCCUGUGCCGUCACUCGACUCCGCUGACGAAGGCGAGAAUCCAGGAGAACCUACCGAUAGACGAAGAAAUUUUUGAUAGACUAGUUACCGCGGGCAGCGUGGAGGAAUGUGCGGAUGACGAUGAAGACACCGAUAAGCCAAAUCGGGACGUGGUCAUCCUACCAAAAGAGGACGUCCCGCCGCCGCCAAGAUCGCGAAAAGGACACCUGAGGCAAUGCUUAAGUCGCCUGUGCAAAAAAGUCACCGGGGGUGCGCGGAGAAAUUGUGUGACCGAUGAAGACUUGAGGGACCUGGCAAGGAUGGUCGGCUACAUGAUGUGA